AUGAACAGCAACGUUACUAACCUGGGAUCGCUGGCGCCCUUUCUGAACGCCUCGUGCGACUCACCCUGGCCGUCAUGUUUGUCGUUGUCGACGGCGUUCGUGACUAUCGCCUUCAUGCUGAUCGUCAUGUUGGUCAUUGUGUGCGGCAAUCUACUUGUCGUCCUCACCGUGAACAACGACCACAAGUUGCGGAGUCAGCGACAGAAUUGGCUGAUCGUCUCGCUGGCGGUGGCUGAUCUGCUGGUGGGGCUGUUGGUCAUGCCACUCACAAUGACAUACGAGAUUAUCGGAGUAUGGGUAUUAGGUAAGAGUAAUCUGGAUUAAUUUGGAAUUGGUUAAAUGAGAAUAUGAUUUCUUGAAUUAUAGUUAAUACAAAUUUAAAUUAUGUGGUUUUAAGAAAUGUUUACUAUAGCGAGAAGUUAAGAAAUGUCACAGUACUUUGGUAUUGUAUACAUUAGCGUACUAGUAUAUACUUUACUGUCCUAUAUAUACCAUAUUGUAAAAGAUUGCUAGUUUAGGUGACAUUUUGUGCGAGAUAUAUCUGGCAUUAGAUGUGUUGUUUGUUACUGCAUCAAUUCUACACAUAUGCAUAAUAUCAUUGGAUCGUUACUGGUCGGUAACACAACCUCUGACAUAUCCAAGUAAACGAACACCAGCUAGAAUGGCAAUCAUGAUUGGUAAGAUUAUGUUAUACGGCCACUUUGAGCCUUUAAACUUUUAUAUUUAAUUGUUGAUCAAGGUAAUUAUAUAAAAAGUAGUAGUAUAAUACAGAACAAAUUUGAUGGUGUUGUUCAGUUAGGUAUAAUUUAUGAUAUUGCUGAAUAUCAUAUCAGACUUUCUAUAUAACUCUAUGAUACGAAAAGCCUAUUUUCGUCCUCACAUUCCUCAUAUUAUGUUACCACAUAAAAGACUAUGUUAUCACCCAAUGUCUAUAUUUUGUUAUGAUACACAAAGCUCGUUAUGCAAAUUACCACAAUAUUGUUUAGGGGUGGCAUGGCUGGUUUCAUUGUUAAUAUGUCUGCCGCCCAUAUUAGGCUGGCGGCCCAAUCGAGAGCCGGGGAAGUGCACGGUGAGCGACGAACUGGGCUACGUAAUCUACUCGUCGUGCGGCUCCUUCUACAUCCCCGUUAUUAUUCUGGUGAUUGUUUAUUGGCGCAUCUACACCAUAACCAAACAUCACAGUCGGCAGCGGCUGAAGGAGACCCAGCGAACGGAUCAGACGUUGUGUCAGCUGGCAGCAGCUACACACGCUCACGUCACGUCCAGUACGAAUGGGAACACAGCCGUGUUUACACCGCCAUCGAACGGCAACAAGGUGGGGAGUCCGCCGGAGUUGAUGGUGAGUCUUAUUUCAUGAUUUGAGAGGUUUUGUAGUUAAUAUAGCGCAAUAUUUGCAAUCUUCUACUAUAAUAUAAAGUAUCCUUGACUAAAAACCAAAUUUUAAACCUAUUAAACACAACAUAUGACAAUAUUUACUUCGUUUGUUUAUGUUUUUAUUGUUGUACAUGACCCCUUUUACGUCACGUUGAGAACCUAUAGCACGAGUAACUGUUGAGAACCUUAGCAUGUGUGACGGUUGAGAACAUGUGUAACUUUAUAUUUGCAGAACGGGUACGGUAAAUCACGCGGUAAAUGGGUGGCUAUGUCACUGGAGAAGAUGGAGGAGACGUGUGAGAGUAAGAAGAGCACUGACAAGCGACGUCGCCUGCUCAAGAUAAAGGAGCGACAAGCGACAUUACUUUUGGGGCUCAUUCUCACUGCGUUUAUUGCCAGCUGGCUGCCAUUUUUUGUGAGUUUUUUGGGAUUCUGGUUAGUUUUUGACCGGUUGAAGUUUGGAAAAUGAAGUUUUUGUGUAAUAGAGUUACAAUUUUGGUAAAUCUACAUCUGACAUUACAUUUAUAUAAAAAUUUUUAAAUUUUUUUGUAAAAGCUGUGUCUCAUUUUACAAAAGCGACAAAACAUAACCAAAUAUAGCAAUUAGACAUAACAGCCAUGUGGUAUCAUGGACAAUAUAAUUAGAUUGCCCUUUGCAGGUGAUGUACGUGUUAGCUGCGUUUGGGUACACAGCUCCGGAUUUGGUCUUCAAAUUCUUCUUCUGGCUGGGUUACUGUAAGUUUUCUGAAUUUUUUAAAAAGAUUACAGAAUUUUGUAUUUGGUCGUUUUUUAGACAAGUUACUGUAGUUAUAUUUAAUAGAAAGACUAUCAUUAUUGUAAAAAAAGGUUUUGGAUCAUUCAACUCUGCCUAUGAUAACAUAGCUGUCAUUAGGUCGUAAUUACCAAACAAUAUUGUCAUGAAUUUCUCUAGAAUAAUUAACUAAAUAAGCAGGGUCAAUUACAUGUUUACGAUAGGUACUGUACACAUAUAGUUGUCAACGUUCAAUUACUUCGUUUGUAAUAAUGACAGUACAAAAAUUGUAAUAUUUUUACACAAAAAGUCAGCUCAAAGAUUAAAGUACUGUAGUUAAAAGUACAAAAAUUUCACAUUUCAAAAUUUUAGGUAACAGCGGCAUCAACCCGGUCAUCUACACGGUGUUCAACCGAGAAUUCAAGCGAGCUCUGUUCCGCCAACUCCGCAAACAUCAACGAUACCUCUUCGCGGUUCGCGAAACCGUAUUUUAA